UUCUUAUUUUUUUGUGUUUUGUUCAAGUGCCAAAAUAGUGAAGAACUUGGCAUUGCCACAGUUUUAAUAUCAUUGCAUUCUUUUGUUGAAAUUGCCAGAAUUUAAGCGGUGAAAUGUUCCUCAAAAAACAAUUAGUCGGCAGUGACAAAGAAAAGCCAACGAAAAGCGAACAAUAAAACGGGAAGAUAAAUCGAUAAAAUAAAAUAAAAAUAUAUAAAAAACUAAUAAGCAAAUACCAAAGAUUCGAUUUGGAUCGACCGCCGGCAUGUUCGACGUACCGCCCAAAUGCCCGGCGCUGGCCAACAAGUUGGGCGGUCUUUUCGGCUGGCGACACACCUACAAGGUGGCCGCCAAGCACGAGGGGAUUCCCCACGGUCAUCUCCACAAGUCCUACUCCCUCACGCUGCCCAAGCGACCGCCCUCGCCCUCGGCCUAUUCGUGUGUGAAGCCCGAUUCCUGGGUGACAGUGACGCAUUUGCAGACACAGUCGGGCAUCCUCGAUCCGGAUGACUGUGUGCGCGACGUGGCCGACGAUCGGGAGCAGAUAUUGGCGCACUUCGAUGACCCAGGACCGGAUCCGGGUGUCCCGCAGGGCGGCGGCGAUGGGGCGUCGGGCAGCUCGUCCGUGGGCACCGGUUCGCCGGACAUCUUUCGGGAUCCCACCAACACGGAGGCGCCCACCUGUCCGCGGGAUCUGUCCACGCCGCACAUCGAGGUGACCAGCACGACGUCGGGACCGAUGGCCGGACUGGGCGUUGGACUGAUGGUGCGCCGCAGCAGUGAUCCCAAUCUGCUGGCCUCCCUGAAGGCGGAGGGCAGCAACAAGCGCUGGUCGGCAGCGGCACCGCACUACGCUGGCGGGGAUUCCCCGGAACGCCUGCUGCUGGACAAGGCCGGCGGUCAGCUGUCGCCGCAGUGGGAGGAGGACGAUGAUCCCAGCCAGCAGCUGAAGGAACAGCUCUUCCACCAACAGCAACCACAUGCGGCAAAUGGAGGGGGCGGUGGCUCCUCCUCCUCCUCUUCGGGUAACCACCAGCCAUUCGCCCGUUCCGGUCGCCUGUCCAUGCAAUUUCUGGGCGACGGCAACGGCUACAAGUGGAUGGAGGCGGCCGAGAAGUUGCAGAAUCAGCCGCAAGCCCAGCAAUCCUACCAGCAGCAGGGGGGUCAUCAUGCGGGACUCGGCCAGAGUGGUGCCUACUCCAGCAAAUCCCUGCCCAGGGAGUCCAAGCGCAAGGAGCCACUGGGCCAGGCGUACGAGUCGAUACGCGAGAAGGAUGGCGAAAUGCUGCUGAUCAUCAACGAAUACGGCAAUCCGCUGGGACUCACUGCUCUGCCGGACAAGGAGCAUGGCGGCGGCCUGCUGGUGCAACACGUGGAGCCGGGCAGUCGAGCCGAAAGGGGUCGACUACGUCGAGAUGAUCGCAUCCUGGAGAUCAAUGGCAUCAAACUGAUUGGACUCACCGAAUCGCAGGUGCAGGAACAACUGAGGCGGGCUCUGGAGAGUUCGGAACUGAGGGUUCGAGUGCUGCGGGGAGAUCGCAAUCGCCGCCAGCAGCGGGAUUCCAAGGUGGCCGAAAUGGUGGAGGUGGCCACGGUGUCACCCACCCGCAAGCCACAUGCUGCUCCCGUGGGCACCUCACUGCAGGUGGCCAAUACCCGCAAAUUGGGCAGGAAGAUCGAAAUUCUGCUCAAGAAGGGACCCAAUGGUCUGGGCUUCUCGGUCACCACACGCGAUAAUCCCGCUGGCGGACAUUGUCCCAUCUACAUUAAGAAUAUCCUGCCACGCGGAGCGGCCAUCGAGGAUGGUCGCCUGAAGCCAGGCGAUCGUUUGCUGGAGGUGGAUGGCACUCCCAUGACGGGCAAAACGCAAACGGAUGUGGUGGAUUUGCGGGGCAUGCCAGCGGGCGCAACGGUUAGGAUUGUGGUCUCCCGCCAGCAGGAGUUGGCAGACCAGCAGGCUGACCAGCCGGCGGAGAAGAGUGCUAGCGUGGCGGUUGCAGUGGCUCCACCAGUUGCAGUCCCUGCUCCAGGACCGCCGCCGCCUGUGCCCGUCCAGAAAUCCAGCAGUGCACGAUCUCUGUUCACCCAUCAGCAGCAGCAGCAGCAGCAGCAGCAGCAACAGCAGCAGCUCAACGAAUCUCAGCACUUUAUCGAUGCGGGCAGCGAGUCGGCAGCUUCAAAUGACAGCCUGCCGCCCAGCAGCAACAGCUGGCAUUCCCGCGAGGAGCUGACCCUGCACAUUCCCGUUCACGACACCGAAAAGGCCGGACUGGGCGUGAGUGUGAAGGGCAAGACGUGCUCGAAUCUGAAUGCCUCCGGAUCGAGUGCCUCCAGUGGCAGCAAUGGUCUGAUGAAGCACGACGGGGACUUGGGCAUUUUCGUGAAGAACGUGAUCCAUGGCGGUGCGGCAUCGCGCGAUGGACGCCUGCGGAUGAACGAUCAGUUGUUGAGCGUUAAUGGAGUAUCACUGCGUGGCCAAAACAAUGCCGAGGCCAUGGAAACACUGCGUCGGGCGAUGGUCAACACGCCGGGCAAGCAUCCGGGCACCAUUACCCUGCUGGUGGGCCGCAAGAUCCUGCGAUCGGCCAGCUCCAGUGACAUCUUGGACCACAGCAGCAGUCACAGCCAUACCAAUAGCAGCGGCAGCGGCAGUGGCAGUAACUGCAAUUCGAAUGGCAGCGGCAAUAACAACAACAGCAGCUCCAAUGCCAGCGAUAAUUCGGGAGCCACGGUCAUCUAUUUGAGUCCGGAGAAGCGGGAGCAGCGCUGCAAUGGUGGCGGUAGUGGGGGCAGUGCCGGCAAUGAGAUGAACAGAUGGAGCAAUCCCGUUUUGGAUCGCCUAACCGGUGGCAUUUGCUCCUCGAACUCAGCGCAGCCGGUCUCACAGCAGCAGCAGCAGCAACAUCCCUCGCAGCAGCAGCAACAACAGCAGCAACGUCGUCUGCCUCCAGCGCCCAUUGGCAGCAGUGCAGCUCUGAGGAACGAGAGCUACUACAUGGCCACCAAUGACAACUGGUCACCGGCGCAGCUGCAUCUGCUCACUGGCCAUGGCAAUACGGCCCUGCUCAUCGAGGACGAUGCCGAGCCCAUGUCGCCAACCCUGCCGUCGCGUCAGCACGAUGGGCAGCACUGCAACGCGAGCAGUGCCAAUCCAUCGCAGAAUUUGGCCGCAGUUGGCAAUCAGCACGGGCAGGGCCAAGGGUCAGGUGUCGUCGUGGCCAAUCCCGUGGUGCCGGGCACUCCGUCGACGUCCAGCACUUUCGAUGCCACCUACUCGUCGCAAUUGAGUUUGGAGACCAACUCGGGAGUGGAGCACUUCUCACGCGAUGCCCUGGGACGUCGCAGCAUCUCGGAGAAGCACCAUGCGGCGCUGGAUGCCCGUGAAACUGGAACCUACCAGCGGAACAAGAAGUUGCGCGAGGAGCGGGAACGCGAGCGUCGCAUCCAGCUGACCAAGUCGGCUGUGUACGGUGGCUCCAUUGAAUCCCUCACCGCCCGCAUAGCCAGUGCAAAUGCCCAUUUUUCGGGCUAUAAACAUGCCAAGACGGCAUCCAGUAUCGAGCAGCGGGAUGCGCAGCAGCAAUUGGCCGCAGCUGCGGAGGCGGAGGCCAGGGAUCAGCUGGGUGAUCUGGGCCCCUCGCUGGGCAUGAAGAAGUCCUCGUCGCUGGAGUCGCUGCAGACGAUGGUGCAGGAGCUGCAGAUGUCGGAUGAGCCGCGUGGCCACCAGGCGUUGCGGGCUCCUCGUGGGCGUGGCCGGGAGGAUAGCCUCCGGGCGGCGGUGGUCAGUGAACCGGACGCAAAUAAGCCUCGCAAGACCUGGCUUUUGGAGGAUGGCGAUCACGAGGGCGGCUUUGCCUCGCAGCGCAAUGGACCCUUCCAGAGUUCCCUGAACGAUGGCAAACAUGGCAGCAAGUCGUCGCGGGCCAAGAAGCCGAGCAUUCUGCGCGGCAUUGGGCACAUGUUCCGCUUUGGCAAGAAUCGCAAGGAUGGCGUGGUGCCGGUGGACAACAACUAUGCGUUGACCAUUUCGCCACCCAGUUCGGUGGUUUCCACGGUCACAUCGCCGCAGUUGCAGCAGCAGCAGCAACAGUUGCAGCAACAACAGCAGCAACAGCAGCAACAGCAGUUGCAGCAGCAACACCAACAGAUACCCACCGCAGCACUGGCUGCUUUGGAGCGGAAUGGCAAGCCGCCGGCGUACCAGCCACCGCCACCGCUUCCAGCUCCCAAUGGGGCGGGAAAUGGUGGCCAGCUGAAUGGCGGCAUCCAUCAGAACGACAUCUUUAACCAUCGCUAUCAGCAUUAUGCCAACUACGAGGAUCUGCACCAGCAGCAUCAGCAGCAGCACCAGAUUAGUGGAGGCGAUUCCACCACAUCCAUUUCGGAAACGCUUUCGGAGUCAACGCUCGAGUGCAUGCGACAGCAGGUCAUCCGGCAGCGCAUCAAGGUGGAGGCGGAAAGUCGCCGCCAUCAACAUUACCAUUCGCAGCGCAGUGCCCGCUCGCAGGAUGUGAGCAUGCACUCGACGAGUUCCGGAUCCCAGCCAGGAUCCUCGGCCCAGCCGCAAUCGCAGGUGAAUGGAGGAGGAGGAGGAGGAGGAGGAGGCGGAGGCGGAGGAGUGCGACCGAUUAGUAGCUACUACGAGUAUGAGACGGUGCAGCAACAGCGGGUCGGGAGCAUCAAGCACAGUCACAGCAGCAGUGCCACAUCGUCCUCGUCGUCGCCCAUCAAUGUGCCGCACUGGAAGGCGGCGGCCAUGAAUGGCUAUUCGCCGGCCAGCCUGAAUAGCAGUGCCCGCAGUCGUGGUCCCUUUGUGACCCAGGUGACCAUCAGGGAGCAGGGCAUACCAGCCCACCUGCUCCUCCACCAGCAGCAGCAGCAGCAGCAACUCCAACAGCAGCAACAGCAGCAGCAGCCCACCUACCAGACUGUCCAGAAGAUGUCCGGACAAUCGCAGUAUGGCAGUGCCGCCGGAUCCCAGCCACAUGCCUCCAAGGUGUGACUAUAGGUGUUGGCGCAAGCGCGCGCCACUCGCGAUGUGCUAGCCGAAAAUCGGGUCAUUCUCAGCGAGGUCAACGAGGAGGUGGAGGUCUUCUACUUUGCCACCGAGUGCUGAACAUAUCAAAUCAUGUUCGGGGGAUUUGUGUUGUUAAAAUUGGAUGAAAUGCAAUUUCCACAUUUAGGGGUGGGUUAAAGCUGAUUGUAAUCUUUAAAGGGAAUCCAAUGUAUUAGCAGUUGUAAGCCUAAAAUGCAGCUAAUCAUUGAGGGCAAAAGGAAAAUAUAUAUUUAAGGCUAUACAAGAAUUUGUAAAAGGAAAAAGUUUAACACUUAAUUUAUUUAAUGUCCUGAAUAAUGAAUAUAUAUUUAUCCGUGAUAUUUGAUUAAGCAAACGAAACCAAGACGUUUUCUUGCUAAACGGAAAGAACCAGGAUAAUAUUUACUUUAGUAUUCCGAAACAUUUUCAAGGGUCCGCUAGAAAAGGAUAAACUUGAUUUUAUAUUUGUAAAUUGCAAACAAUAAUAUUUUGAAUUAUCAGACUUUCAACCAAUUGACCCACCCUGACACACAUCUAGCUUAAGUUCACAAUUCACAAUAUAUAUAUAUAUUUAAAGAUAUUCAUAUUUGGCGAACCAGAAACCAAGAGAGUAACGAAUAAGGAAAGUAUUCCCCCGUAAAGCGCUAUCCAAUUGUCAAGUGCUUAGACUUAAUUGUUUAAACAAAAACACAAACGAUUUCCGAUUGAAUUAAGAUUUAGCUGUAAGUCCAAGUCAAACGCCUUUGUACAUAAUUAGUUUACGCAGAAGCCAACAAGAAAAAAAAAACAACAUCAAAUUCGAAAACUACGAAAGGUCUUAAGAAUUUCCAUUGUCAUUUAUCCUAUUUUUUUUUUAUGUAUACCCUAUAUAUUUUUUUGAUUUGUAAAUAGAACUUGUUUGUUUAUUUUGUUAAGCUUUAAAGCGGACGCCAUUUUGUGUGUGCAAACGUUAAGAUUUGCAAGAAGCGAAAAGUAAAACUUAUAGCCACCACCAUAUACAUAUAUACAUAGCUAUAUACAUAUGAGUAAGUGAAGCAAUUUUUUUUUUUUUGGUUCUAACGAAUAUUGAGCCUAGACAAGGAGUUUUGUGCAGCCGACCUCGGCUUAGGUCUCUAAAAAAGACAAGCAGCUUAAUUAAGUUAUACGAACCACUACGAUUAAGUCGAAUUAGUGAGUAGCCUUACAUGUAUAGCGAAUAUAUACGAUACUUUAAUUUUGUGUACAACCUAAGUAAUUUGUGCGAUACCGAAAUACCGAGUUGCGAAUUAAAAGUUACAAAUUUCCAUAAUCAGCA